AUGCGGCGACCCGGAAAACACUCGGCAUCACCAUUAUCAUCCUCAGCUGCUGCGUCAACAGCUAAGACAACGAACGUUGUAUCCAAAACGGGAUAUAAAAUGACCUGGAAAAAUGCGGUCCUAAAAAUUGGGAAGCAGAAAUUGGCAGGACCAGUAGCUGACAAUCCGGAAGACCGGAAAUCCGGAAAGACUACAGUUAUAGCUAUGAUUGAUGAUGAUUCAUCUAGAGCGCAUCCGAGUAAGUCCUUGUUGAGCAGGAAGAAAUCGGUCUCAAAGAUGGGGAAACGCUCCAGAACGUCCUUUUUUGAUGCUCCUCAAACUAAGAUUGCAAAACGGUUCGUGUCUUCUGUGAAAAGUGACAUUGAAAUGUCUCCUAGUUCUGAAAUAAACGAUGGUGAGAGAAGCGAUAGUAGUACGUAUGAAAUUGCAAAUCGGAAUGAUUUUAUUCUGAAUUCGUCAACUUCUUCAGUCAAUUCUCCGAUUGUUGCACAACCAUAUACUUGUAAUGAAGAAGAGCAAAUGGGAAAAGAUGAGACAGAACCGUUUGUCGGUUCAUCGGUUUCUUCGCAACUUUGCUCAUGUUUAGCUGCAACCCAGUCAUCAGCAGCUCUUCAUGGUUCCAAUAAAGGAAUUGGGAAUCUAAACGAAGAAACAGAAAAUUUGUUAGAGGAGAAUGGAAUGUUGGAAUGCAGCACAAUAACAAAUAGCAACAGAGAGUUGAACGAAGAAGAGAAACAUAUGAUUUUAGUAGAUUUUGAUGCAGGAAUGUUACCGCAUGAAAUCGAAGAAAAGUAUGGAGUAAGCAAAUUGCAGAUAGCUGAUGUGCUUUCAAAUCGUAUUUCGAUAUUUCGCACCAACUGGUCUGACCUAUUCACAUUAAAACGUCGCCGCACUGUUUACGUGCGUUUGAAUAUGCAAAUGUGGAACUAUUUUUGCCAGUGUCGGGAUCAAAAAAUUUGGCUAAAUGGUCUACACAGUUUCAAAGCUUCCGAGGGUUGGUUAGAUUCAUUCAAAAGGCGCCAUUGCAUUGAUCUCAAGGCAAUGACUGGAAAACCUGUGAUUUACGAAGCAGAUCCCGAGGAUGCGAACUCCGUAAAUGAUGGCUUGGAAAUAAAAAUCUCUCGGUCAACAACACCGAGUCCAAAGCUCACUCGAGAUACUAAUUCGCUAUCCACUGUGCUAGAUGCAAAUAAAUUCUUGAUGGAUGCUACAGAUGCAGCUGUUCUUGCUUCAGCUGAUAGAUCUGAUAGCGGUAUAGUAGUGGGAAGUCCAACUCAGGCGACAGUAGCAAUUGGAACAACCAGUCCAUUAGAUAUACAACGACUUUUACCAGGUCCAUCAGCCGUGAAUGAACAAAAUUUGUUACUUUCGACAGUUCAUGCUUCUGAAAUUGGUGCAUCAUCAGUUCAAGCAUUACUCGAAACGUGUUGUUAUCGUGUAAAUGAAAUUGAGGUUGCACAAGCUAUAGAUACUUUGCGUGCUUACAUUGUUUCAAACAAUAUUAAUCUAUUACCGGUGCUGGUAGAACUGCAAAAAAGCUUGGCUGCAAUAGCUGCGCAGCGAAGGACCUCUGAAAAGAUGUCUAGCGGGAUUUAG